UGCAGUGCAGCUGGGGGAGCUCUUGGGAGCCGCUUUAAAAAAAAAAAAAACAAACAACAAAAUCCUUCCUGGAUUUGAUUAAUUACAACAAUCCCCUCCCCAGAAGAUCUGGAAAAGAGGAAUCACCUAUCCCUCCCUCCGCCUUUCAGCAGCUGGCUCCUACCCCCCACCCUCGCUUCCCCCCUUUUUCUCCACCUCCUUCUCCUUCUCCCCGUCCGCUUCUGGGGCUGCGGCCAGAGCCUCGCUAGGAGGAGAGAGGGCGAGGACUCACUGAAGUUGGCCCCAGUUGGCAGCACUUUGGGUAGCGCGGGACUUCGGGCAGAGCUCGGCAGCUCCCGCUGAACAAAGGAGCCCCCUUUCCCGCAGGAGCUGGAGGAUAGCGCUGGGCUGGCCCGAGCCCUACUCCUGCCCUAUCCCGGCGCCGGCCCGGUGCCCCCGGGCUGGCCUUUCCCUGUACCCCGAGUACGGGCGCGGCUGCCUGUUCGCCUGGAGAUCCUCGAGCAACCUGGCGAGGGGAAGCGGGAAGCGGCGCUCCGCGUUCCUGCCCUCCCUGCCUCCUUCCCUCACUCUCUCCCUCCUUUUUUAAUUCCUUUCUUUCUUUCUUUUUUUUUUUUUUUUAAUUUUAAAUUUUACCCCUAGGCGGCCCCGGUUGGGGGGGGGGGGGGGGGGAGUCCCUUCCUCCGCCCGAGGGACGCCGGUGCCCGGCGCGGAGCGGGGCGCAUGGGGCGGUGUUUCGGGAGGCUUUCGGCUGCUCCUUGCUCCCCCGCCGGAUGCUGCCUGAGCUGUUUUGGCUGUUUUUCUUCGCCGGCGAUGAAGCCUCUGCCUUGAAGAUGGACAUGAUCUGUUUUUUAUUCCUGUCUCUGGUGCCAGUGUACAGCAGGGGACAAGGGGUGUACGCUCCUGCUCAGGCCCAGAUCAUCCAUGCUGGGCAAGCAUGUGUGGUGAAGGAAGACAACAUCAGUGAACGCGUUUACACAAUUCGGGAGGGGGACACGCUGGUUCUGCAGUGUCUGGUCACAGGACACCCCCGGCCACAGGUGAGAUGGACCAAAACAGCUGGCAGCGCGUCGGACAAAUUCCAAGAGACGUCAGUGCUUAACGAGACCCUUCGGAUUGAGAAGAUCCAAAGGCUGCAGGGGGGCCGCUAUUACUGUAAAGCAGAAAAUGGGGUUGGGGUCCCUGCCAUCAAGUCCAUUCGAGUAGAUGUGCAGUAUCUAGAUGAACCUGUUCUCACCGUUCACCAGACCAUCAGUGAUGUACGUGGCAGCUUCUACCAAGAGAAGACUGUCUUCCUCCGCUGCACUGUCAACUCCAACCCACCAGCUCGCUUCAUCUGGAAACGGGGAGCUGAGACACUUUCUCACAGUCAGGACAAUGGCGUGGACAUCUAUGAACCCCUCUACACACAGGGUGAAACCAAAGUCCUGAAGCUGAAAAACCUACGACCUCAGGAUUAUGCCAGCUACACAUGUCAGGUGUCUGUCCGCAAUGUCUGCAGCAUCCCUGACAAAUCCAUCACCUUCCAGCUCACAAACACCACAGCCCCACCUGCUCUGAAGCUGUCUGUCAAUGAGACGCUGGUGGUCAACCCUGGUGACAACAUCACUAUGCAGUGCUCUCUGAUGGGUGGUGACCCACAGCCAGAAGUUGUUUGGUCUCACUCUCCUGGCCCAAUGCCUCCCAAUAGCCUUGUGCAAGGAGGCAACCUCACGAUCUGGAGGAUCCGCGUGGAGGACUCGGGCUAUUAUAAUUGCACGGCCAUCAACAAUGUGGGGAACCCAGCAAAGAAGAUAGUGAACCUGCUGGUGCGGUCCAUGAAGAAUGCCACAUUCCAAAUCACUCCUGAUGUGAUCAAAGAGAGCGAGACUAUCCAGUUAGGGCAGGACUUGAAGCUCUCAUGCCAUGUAGAUGCUGUUCCCCAGGAGAAGGUUGUCUAUUCCUGGUACAAGAAUGGGAAACCAGCCAGGUUCUCAGACCGGUUGCUCAUCACCCGGAAUGACCCCGAGCUCCCACCUGUGACCUGCAGCUUGGAGAUUAUUGACCUGCGAUUCAGUGACUAUGGUACCUACCUGUGUGUGGCUACCUUCCAGGGAGCACCCAUUCCUGACCUCAGUGUGGAGGUGAACAUCUCCUCAGAGACAGUGCCACCAACGAUCAGUGUCCCUAAGGGUCAGUCCACCAUCACUGUCCGGGAAGGCUCCAGGGCAGAGCUGCAGUGCGAGGUUCGUGGGAAGCCCAAGCCACCCAUCAUCUGGUCCCGUGUAGAUAAGGAAACCCCCAUGCCUUCAGGGACAAUGACAAUGGAGACAUAUGAUGGGAAGCUGCAUCUGGAGAGUGUGAGCCGAGAAAUGAGUGGGACCUAUAAGUGUCAGACAGCCAGGUACAAUGGCUUUAACAUCAGACCACGGGAAGCCCUGGUGCAGCUCAACGUGCAGUUCCCCCCCGUGGUGGAGCCAGCCUUCCAGGAUGUACGCCAGGGCAUGGGGCACAGUGUCACCUUGCGCUGCACCAUGCUGAAGGGCAGCCCCAUGAAGGUGGCCACCUCUGUCUGGCGUUUCAAUGGGACCCUCCUGGUGCAGCCCCUGGCAGAGCAGCAGGACUACUCGGAGCUGAAGGUGGACAGUGUCAGCCGGGAGACCAGUGGGACCUACGAGUGCAGCAUUUCCAAUGACGUGGGAGUCUCCACCUGCCUCUUCCAGGUGUCUGCAAAAGCUUAUAGCCCAGAGUUUUACUAUGACACUCCCAAUCCCACCUUGAGCCAGAAGCAGUCCAAGAAUUACUCUUACAUCUUACAGUGGACACAGAAGGAGCCAGAUGCUGUGGAUCCCAUCCUCAAGUACCGUCUGGAACUCCGGCAGCUGUCUCAGAGAAGCACCAUCCAAACCUUCAUUCCUGUGAAGAAAAUGGAGAAAGGCCUGUUGCUGGAACAUAUCUUGCCCAACCUGAAAGUGCCUCAGAGCUAUGAAGUUCGCCUGACACCCAUCACCAGUUUUGGGGCUGGAGAUAUGGCUGCCCGCAUCAUCCGGUACAUGGAACCAAUCAACUAUCCCAACCCAACAGAUAACACCUGCCGCUUUGAGGACGAGAAGAUCUGCGGCUUCAUGCAGGACAAGAUGGACAACUUUGACUGGACCCGGCAGAAUGCCCUCACCCAGAACCCCAAGCGCACCGUCAACACCGGGCCCCCCACGGACAUCAGCGGUACGCCGGAGGGCUACUACAUGUUCAUUGAGGCGUCCCGGCCCCGGGUGACAGGAGACAAAGCCCGGCUCAUCAGCCCCCUCUACAACAUUACUGCCAAGUACUACUGUGUCUCCUUCUACUACCACAUGUAUGGGAAGCACAUCGGCUCCUUGAACCUGCUAGUCCGCGUGCGGAACAAGCGAGCCAUCGACACCCAGGUCUGGUCACUCAGUGGGAACCGGGGGAACAUGUGGCAGCAAGCACAUGUGCCCAUCAACCCGCCUGGGCCCUUCCAGUUAAUUUUCGAAGGUGUCCGGGGCACGAGCUACGAGGGGGACAUUGCCAUCGAUGACGUCACUCUGAAAAAGGGAGACUGUCCAAGGAAGCCAAUUGGACCAAAUAAGGCGGUUGCUCUUCCAGGAAGUGGUGUCCCAGCCCUGCACAGCCCUUGUCUUUGUGGCCCAUUGACUUUCUUCCUUUACGUGCUGCUCAGAUGAUGGCAAGCGAGCGCUCCUGUCUUCGGACCAAGACAUUCCUGCUCCUUUCCUGAUCAACCACCUCUGCUCCUUUUCCUACCCUCCUCACUGGCACACCAAAGUGUCCAUAUGUUACCAAAGACUGACAGGCAUGACCACGCAAAGGGAUCUGGUUCAGAACUGGAGCACUCCUUGAGAAAGUCAUAAUGUCUAGAACAAAGUUUAAAAAUAAAGACAAAACUUUUUUUUAAAAGCACGUGCACGAGAGAGUGAGAGAGAGAGAGGAAGGAAGAAAAGAAACAGAAACAGACAGAAAAGAAGGAAUGAAAGACAAAAAAUAGGAAUGAAGAAAUGUGAAGAGCAAACGAAGGAGGAAAAAAACACCCCCAUGUUUCCUUGGGAAUGUCGGACAGGGCUUCCUCAGGGAAGUGGGAACUUGUUUUAAACAAACAAACAAAAAUAUAUUAAAGCACAAAUUUCUACCAGAACAGUUACCUUCUUUACUGCAGACCCCACAGCUUAGUGGAUGAUAUACUGCAGUACUCCCCUUGUCUUCUCAUGCUUUCCCUCUGGCUGGGGCUGCCCCACUCCAGCUGCAGCUCCCUGCAGUAAUGCCAGCCUCAACCGUGGGGCAGCAGCCACCCCAAGUGCCAGUGGCCAGAGCACCUUGCCUCACACCGCAUGUGCUUCAGUGUCUCCAUCCAUCCACAUCUUCCAGGCUCUCAUGUAUUUAAUUGCUCCCAGUGUGGUUUGCUUUGGCCUUUCCCCACUUCUCUGUGCUUCUCACCCACCAGCCUGAAGAAGAUGGAGCAGGAAGGGACCAAUGACGCGGACCACGCUGAGUGGUGAAGUACUGGCUGGAUCCAGCUGCAGCACUGGCCUCUAAGAGCCUCUUUCUGUCUUUCAGCACUCUUGCUGGGUAGGGAAACCAUGAGAGCAGGUCUGAGCUGCAGACAGAAAGGUGUCUCUGUCAGGCUGGGGGAUGAGGUGUGAUGGGAUGGGACUGGAAGGGUGGAGCAGUUUCGCUUUGGCUUCCCCCUGUGCAUAUUGGGAUGACGGCCACCUAAACCCUAAAUCCAGGAUUGCUUCUCUGCCUCUACUUCAUUACCUAUUUAUUUUGGUUGUUAUUCCAUUGCUUAACUUUCUUCACCUCAAGCUUUCUGGAUUAUGGGAAAAGUGAGGCAUUUAAAUGUUUGUCAGACAGACAGCAGGUCCUGUGCCCAUGAUCCAGCCCCUGGACUGGCAGUUCAGGCAGCUCCGAUGCUGCAUCCUCACCUCCAGAGGCCUUUCUGCAUGCAUGGCACAUUAGCUGCAGCAUGGGUGAAGGGUGCAACAGCAUUGCUGCUCAGGGGAGAGGUGGCUGAAUUUUGUCAGCACAUGCAGCCACACAGGCAAUCACACGGCUUCCACUGCCAAAGCAGUGGGCAGAGGAGCUGAAAGGUGAAACAGGCAGGAACAUGCCCCAAGAAGGAUGAAGGAUGGAGGUAGGAAGUUGACCCAAAAGAGGGGUUUGUGCUGAACUGUGGCCCUGUUUGCCACUGAGGAACAAGUAGACAGGAAAUUCACCUUUUUCCUGCUGGUCUCAUGAAAGGGUAAAGCUAAUGUUUCUCCCUGCUUGCAGACCUGUAGCAGGUGGAGGCAUGUGCUACUCCAAAUUAAACCCCCAGGAGAAGGGUCUGCCCUGCACUGGCCAGAAAGGAGCUGUGAUAGCCUUGCUGCAUCUGGAAGCAGCUCUGGACAUGAGUAAUCUCCUGCACAGGUCAGAGUUAGCCCCACAGGACUGUGAAUUGUGGUUUACUAGCCCAUGCUCUGGCAAUCCAUUUAAGUGGUACUCUUCCUCUUGGGGAACACCCCAUCCAAAACCCCUAUCUAAGGCACCAGAGAUGUAUAAUAAGCUAGCUCUUUCACUGAAGCCCUCAGUACCCAUGGCUUCUUACCUAUUUCUGAUGAAUAUAUCAGCUUCUCUGAGACAGCUGCAUUUAUCUGAAAUCACCUGAAUGUAUUAGCUGCCUCCUGCAUUGCUCAGCUUCCAGCCACAGCUGGUGCUUCCUUUCCUUCACUGAUGGGGGGGAAAGCUCUUACCUAACUCCCAGGAGAUGCAGUUUGAAGUCUUGAAAUCCAUCACUCCCUAGAUCCUGGAAAGGUAUUCAUCUGCACUAAUGCACUAAUGCUUCCCAGUCACCAGAGAGAGAAAGGAUAUCAGCUGGGAGGGGCAGGGGAACCUCCUUCACAGGAGGCAAUGCAAGACAGUGGGAGGGGAUUAUACAGGUCUCCCUUACUAAUUUGCUUUUCUCCAUUUCCAAGAAUUAGGACUGUGUCUUUUCUGUCUCCACUCCUCCCUUCAGAGCCCAGACCUUGGUCAUCCUGCAUAUUUGACCUGGAAACCCAAGACUGUUGCCUAGGGCCAGGCAGCAUCAUGGAUGCAGUGGGUGCGAACAGCGAUUCUGCAUCUUGCUAUUUGUUGCCAUUUUCAUGGGCAGCCAGUACCACCAUCCUUUUUUAGCCGAGUUCUUUCAGUCCCAUGCUCUUCCUUUCCUACAUGAUUGUUAGAGGUCUGAAGUCAUCACCCGAUUCCUGGUAAGAGUUCACUUUUACUCCUAGGAGAGAGACAGUGCUUUCCAGGGACCCUUGGGAACUUCACGAUGGCUCCUGAUCUGUCAGCAGCAACAUAUUUGUGUUGUGUUGCUGGUUCCAGGAAGCUCCUGCUGGGCAGAAGGUGGAGACAGAAACAUUCCCCCAUCGGUAAGAAAUAGCCCAGGGCAACCAUCUCACUUUCUAAGCUCUUACUAAGGCAGAGACCCUUGUGGCCUUGCUUCUACAGACUGCUUAGCCCAGGUUGCACAAGCACAUUUUGUUGUUUAGGUGAGGUGAGUGUCAGCAAAGGGCCACCACAUUUUUAGAAAGGGACACCUGCAGGGAGGGUGUCCAUGCCCUCCUGCCAGCUCCUGCAAGGAAGGAUGUAAGUGCCUCACCAAGCAAACCCAUGGCACAGGGGGCAAGAAGCCCAUUGGUGGCUGUAGGUCCAGGGAGGAGCAAGAAGAUUGCCCCAGCCAGAGGUGAAGCCUUCUGCUGUCAGGUGUGGACCCAUCAGCUUCAGAAAAAGUCUCAGGGAGCCCCUUCCUGCUUAGACCUCUGCUCCUUUAUCUCUGGUUAGAAAUCAGCUGGUGAUAAGUUUGGGGGAAGUCAUUAACUCAAGUGCCUCAGUUUGUCAGAACUACCAAGGCUGAAAAGAAGGACUUCAUUUCCUUGGCAAAUGUGCUGAGAGAGAGUAGCAGAGGAAAGAGGUACUUCAGCAACAAGGAUGGGAAGCUGUGCAGUGAUGGGGUGGAGGGGAGGCAGUGUCCCUCCUCUUUGGGGACAGUGGUAUUUGUGGUUUACUACUCCAUGCUUGAGGGACAAAUCUCCUUGGGGUGGUAAUACAUCCUGGGUGAGAUACAAAGCCAUGUUCUUUACCCCUUCCAAUUAAAGAUCCCUUCAUGCUUUUCAGAGUGUUCUGGCUAAAUUACAGUCCUUAAAAUUAAUUACAGUCUGUCUGCUUAAAUAUCUAUUGCAGUCCUAAUGUUAUGUUUCUCUUUCUGAUGUUUUAUGUUGCUCCGUGCCUAUCGAGUAGCUGCUUUAUUCCACUCCAGAACCAACUGCAUUUCAGCGAUGGUGGAUAUUAUUCGUGUAUAUAGCAUGAAAGUCCCUGCAGAAGAAAAGUGCAAUAUAAAUUUAAGAGACUGCUUUUAUUUACAAAGAGACCUCUGCUUGGUAGUUGUAGAAAUACAUUAGGAAGAAUGCUGUGUGGGUGUUAGCCAAUAUAUACUCAAUUUCUUUUUUUUUCAGGGUAUAAAACAGAAAAUAUGUGAGUGUGCAGGCUCCUGGGUAUAAGUUGUAGAUAUUAGAAGUACUGAAUGCUACUGUGUAGUUGCAAGUGGGGCUUACAAAGAAACUUUCAUUUGAAACCUCUUUUUGUAGUUGUUCAUUGUAUUCUGAAAAAUACACUUUUUAAAUUAUAAUUUUCUACAGUUCAGUGCAAGUCCCAAUACCAGGUCAUCAACAGGACUUUAAUCCAUGACUUUUAACAAUAUGAACAUCAAUUCUUACUGCUUGCUCUGAAAUGCAGCUCCUGGCUGAUAAUAGUAAUAGACUAGUUUUCUUCUACGUAGAUCAGCCAUUGGAAAGCAAUGGAACUAAUAUGUUUCAUUUGAUCUGGACUUAAGUAAUUUGGAACGCCUGAGUGCAACUCUUCCCAUCUGUACGGGAGUGAAAAAAUGUCUCAUAUAUAUGAAAAACUUUGCAUAGUGCACAAAUGGCUUGGGAACUCCUGAAGUGUUGUGAUUGUCAUGCGUGCAGAGCUGCUCCGGCAGAGCUGCACAGCUUGCUGCCUGAAAAGCAGCUGCAGCAACAGCGAUAUGGAGCCCUUCUUCUGGGAAGUAGUUUUCUUCUGCUGAGAAAUGCAGUGGCAACUGGGGAAAAAGUAGGGGGGGCUUCAGAUGUUUAGGCUGGUAAAUUUCUUGCAAAAAUAAUUUAGGGAUGUAUAAAUGAGCAUAGUGAACAUGAUACAAAUUGUAUUGUAUUCCCUAUUGCUAUUCAAAAUAUGGAAAUUUCAUUUCUUUCCAUACAAAAUCCUGUGGGUGCACUACUCCAGAAUGACAAAAAAAUGCUUCACUACCAAAGGGAGAGCAGGGUCUAGAUUUCUCCUCCUCAGCCCUUUCUUAUCAUUCUGUGCCAAGAAAAGCACCCUGCUUUUGGGUUGGCACCCUGUGCUUCUCAGCCUGGCAGUGACAGUCACUGGGGUCAGCAAGUGGUGCUGAUGGCAGAAGCAUCGCUGCCCUGAGCCUUGUCUUCAAUGUGAAGCUGUCCCUGUGCGAGGCACUGGCAGGAGGAGCCCUGCUCCCCACUAGUUCUCAACUAGGCUGAGGCAGGGAGUUUUACCUAUGGGAAUUGCCAGGGGGUCCUUCAUGCUGCCCUAAGGGACCUCACCUGCCCCAGGCAGGGACAGACAAAGGAACCAGGGCAUUUUCCCUGCUAGAUGGAGUAAAUAGUGUCACCUCACCCCACUUGAAGAGACGAACUUUUUCCUUAAAGCAGAGAGCUCAGGGAGUUGCUGCUUCAUGGUGUUGCUGGUUUAGUCCCCUUCUUCUGUCAGCACCAUUCAGAAAUCCAUCUUUCUCUGGAAAUGCUGCAGCACCCCUUUGCCUUCUGCCUUUGGAUGACCUAGCAACAGCAUGGAGGGACUUAUCACCGUGGGCUCUGUGCUUCAAGCUGGGUGUACACAGCAUCAAGAAAUGCCCAGGUCUUGCACCCAGGGAGAAGGACUCAGCUUUUUAGUGAGGAUAAGAAGUGGCAUUGUAUCUCCUGUGCAAAGGAGAGGCCUUCUUGCAUUCCUGGCUUUGUCAGAGACCAGUUUUGGUCACCUAAACUGCCCUGACAUCUGGUCUUUUCCAGGCUGCCCUCAGUGCAUGUGCACUCCUGUUUGUAGAGGCAAGAGUGCAGCAGCAGGACCCUGUGCAGGCUGUUGUCACCAUUUGUCUUUGCUUUGGCCUCACUGAUAACAGCUUGUCCUGCUCAGCUUGGGAAGGCAUUUAAUGGAGACAAAAGGCUUUUGCAGAAGAACAAGUGCUGAAGAGUUCAGGAAAUUGCAUUUUAACAGGAUCCCAUUUACACUCCAUGGUAAUAACUGGCAGCUGUUGGUUUCCAGCAGUGAGCUGAAUAGCCUCAGUGCACUUGGCAUCCCAACUGAUAGCUGUGAUAUGUAUGUGGUUUUCAGUACUCCCCUUGUGAGUAGGAUGUCAGUUUGGCUGAUCAUCUGCCUCCACCUAGCCUACCACAGGGGAUUCUGGGGUCUUCUGACAGUACAGUCUGGAAUGGUCACAUCAAACCAGAGGCAGCCAUUUGUGCCCUGGAGACUUUAAAUGUCCCGAGGAGCACUGCAGGACAGCCCAGGGCCACCUUCACACAACCUGCCUUUCCAGAGAGGGAGGGGAUGCAACUUGCAGGGAGCUGUAGUCUCCAGGACACCCCUUGGCCAUGGAAGAGCAGUGCCAUCCCACUCCAUUUUGUCUGAGUGAGAUGUGUGCCUGACAUCUAGACCCUGGGUCAUGAUUCAGGUGCAUGCUCAGUGGCUUUGCCAUUAGGCAUCCUUUCUCAGAAGGAGAGAGAGCUCCCAGAGACUGACAGCAGGUUGGCAGGACUUGCUGUGUCCCUGUGUGGCUGCAGGGGAUGGGGGGCUUGGUCCCACUGCCCUUGGCACUUGUUGCGCUCUGCAUCACCUAGAUCUGGUCUGACACCUUCUCAGUCUUGUUCCUCCCAGCCCUGACACAGCCUGAAGGGCUGGUGGGGCUUUCUGAAUGGUGGUGGUGGAGCAGAAAGACAGGAGCACUUCAGGGCAUGUGUUGGCUCCAUGAGGGAUGAGUGCGAGUCACAUCCUGGCUUCAUCAGAGGCAAAAGACAUUCUCAACAGCCCCAUGGGUGGCUGAGAGGAUGGAACAGACCUUGUUUGUGUUCAUCUUGAAAAGGAGAGUGGAAAGAUGAGCUCCACAGUGCGUUCUCUUUUGUUUCACUAGCUGCAGCCACUCAGGUGCUAGGCAAGGAGUCUAAAGAAAAGUCCUUAGACCAGAUUUCCCAGCUGGACCUGUACUAUUAAAAUGCACCAGUCCACCUCCAGAGCCUCAGCACAUCUGUGCAUGAGGAAGCCAAGCAACCCACUGUCCUCACACAGGUGAUCCCUUGGGAAAGCUGGAAAGGGAGGUUGUGCUCGGAUCCCAGCAUACGGGCACUCCCUUCCUUUCUCUCUGCUGCCUUUCAUGGUCAGGGUUUUCCAGCAUGGGGCAGAGAAUAAGGGAAAGGGAGAAGGAGAAAUUCUGUCUUUACUCACAUCUGUUGCAAAGGUAGAGCUGGCGAAUUAGAAGGUUUUGCGAAGAGCUGUGCAGGUCUGUGGCAAAUCCAGGUUUUGCUUGGAUUUGAUGUGGCCUAUAAAUCAUUUGUUCCUCUGGAAUGAGGCAAAAUUUUGUGCUUCCGUUAACUGUUGUUCUAAAGGGAAAUUUGUCUAUGAAUGUUUGACUUAGAGUAGGGUUUUUUUACCCCCUGGAUGACCUAAAGUCAGUAUAAGACAGGGCCAGCUGGACAGCCCUCACACAGUGCUACUGUCUCCAAGCAGUGCCAGUGCCCAAAGCUCAUAGCGAUGGAUGUGCUGUAAUGGCUGGGUCCUUGCCUAAACAUUGAGCCAAGUGAAGGGUACCCGUCUGUUCUACCACCCAUGUGCAUCUGUCCUGUCUGCCAGCCAAGCCUGUAGGAAGAUAAAAGCCCCACUGCUGCUUCUAGCCAGCAGAGGUUUACUUUGGCUGAGGGAGCUGGUCUCUGGUCCUGCCACUUAGGCAGCAAAGUGCCUCUUAGUUGUGUAAAACCCAGCUGUUACAAUGGAUACUCCUAGAUGUUCAAAACUUGCAUAACUACAGUAUGCCUCAGAUCAUCAGCAAAGGCAGGUGCUGGGUAGGAGCUGGAACAUGCCAGAUGUUAGCAGUCCUGCUCAGUCACUGUGAGUGAGCUGUGAUUCCUUUGCUCUCAGUAUUACAGCUGCUCAAUGAUGAGCCCAAACUACCUAAGAGUAAGUGCAGCCCCCAUCUGCAUCGUAGUCUCUGUGGGCAGGCACCAACUGGUUUGCUUUUAGUGAUUCUGCUAUAUAACGUGGUGCUGGGAUGAAGCUGUCUCCACGUGUUGCUUGCACUGUAGGUCCAGCACUGGUAAGGUGUUUAUCUUAGCAGCUUGUAGAGGGAUCCAAGCUAAAAACCGAGGUGUGAUUCUGUUGCAGCUGCCAGCAAUGCAGCAGAGAGAAGACAGGACUUGAAAGCCCAUUUUGGAGGUGGCAGCACCACGAUCUAGUCCCCACCUUUCUCUUCUCCAAAAGUCCAUGCUCCAACUCUGAGCACCUUUGAAGAUGGGACGUUUGAUAUAUCUUGUCUCACUGAGUCUUGUUAUCGAGAACUAGCUGUGAGUAUCAGUAUACAGAGGAACAGCCAAGAGAGGCUGUAGCAGCAUGGUCAGCUCAGCACCUCAACUGUGGUGAAAGGAGAAUAUUGAUUUCAUUCUGUCUUUGAAAUGCCAACAACCAUAGAUGGGGACUGUAUUUAGGUCUUUUGUACAGGUGGCAGCACAUACCACACAGAGAUUGAGCGAGGGACUUGUGAGCUCUGGACAUCUCCUUGGGAAAAUUAAGAUGCUGAUGAGGGAAGGUAUUUCCAGACAUGGAGCAAAGAAGCUUUCGUGUCCAUUUAUUUGGUUGUUUCUGGAGGCCCUUAGUAUGUAGCAUCUUAGGACAAGAAGACUCUAUCAAGGGUUUGCUGAGGUGACUUUUUCCUCUCGUCAAACUUUGAUGUUUGUCCUUCUCUGCUGCCCAUCCCCAGCUUCUCAGUGCAUUUAUGUAACUGUUGGUGUUAAAGUGGCUUAGUGUCAGUGCUUUCAAAUAGAUGAGUAUGGCCUGUUCUCCCAGUUUUUGGGAUCUUCUAGAUGUACCAUCUCAUUCCAGGGGGCUCUACAGCAUGCAUUCAUCUCAAGACAUACCCCAAAAGCUGUGGAUGCUACAGAUAUGUAGCUCUUCUUUGUGGUUUUUGUCACAGCCCUUGCCUGACAGCAUAAGUAAAAUAUCUAAUCUCUACAUGGGUGGAAAAUUUGGUGCCAGCAUGGUUUUGCUUGGGUCUUUUUUCCCAGCCAGAACCAUUCUGUCUGUAUUGCAAUAUACAUGGCAGAGGAGAGGGGCCAUCAUCCAAGAUACAAGUGUCUCAUGGGGAAACAACUCUGGCACCUCCUGCCUUUGGCCUGAAAUGAGCAUCAGACAGUGAUUUCCACACUUUUCCUCACUCCAUCCCCCUGCUCCAUACUUAUCCUCACCAAGCGUUUCAUUUCCAGCCUAGAGAGACAGCAGCAGACUUCACCCCUGGAUCCCAUAGAAGGGGAUCAUACCAAAAUCCUGUCCUCAACUCUGAGGUGUAGGGAGAACCAGCUCAGGCCCAACAGUGAGCCACUUCAGUGGGAUCCAGUUUCAAUGGGGCUACGUCACCCUGACACUUCCAGGUCACUAAGGCCAGUAGAGAGUAUACAUUGACCUGACAGAAGUGUUUAGAAACACACUCCCCAACAGGAGCAACACACAAAGUCUGUGUUUUUGGGGAUACUGUGGAGGAUGGGGAGAGGUCCUCUGGUGUCUCCUGUUUUUUUUACCAUCAGUAUCCUAGGUGGGAAUCAUGGGACAGAGCCUCAUUCUCCACCCACCUCCCUCAUCACCACCACAUCUUGUCCCAUCCCCACUCCGCAUCUCAUAGAAUGCCGUCACCACCACUGAGUGGAGCUGGGACCCUCUCACCACCACAAUACUGAGCUGUCUGCAACGUUAAAAGCACAAAACACAAAGGGACUGAACUGAACCUUUUAAACAGGGUGAGAUGUUUUAUAAGCAUUGCCUCAUCCAUCCCCCUGCCCACAACCCUGAUGCACCCACUGUGUAACCUAUAGACUCUCAACGUGAAUUGUUUCAUUCAAAUAAAGCUGCAGUACUCAGA